UUCCUGUCUGAGAGACCUUUCGUCUUUGUAUCCCCGUGGCGGCAAUAACUUCUACGCAAGUUUGAAGAAUAAUCAUUACUGUUUUUAUUUUUGCAGUCUUGGCAAGCCAAACUGGCUUACACUAGGUCAUUCAUGUUCUUUAGACGGAUUGUUGCGUGGCCUAAACUGUAUUUUUCAUCUAAAAGCCUGACCCCUGCUGUCCAAGCAACAACACCACUGAACAAACACAAGAGGAGAAGACACAAAAAGACACUCGUGGAUGAUAAUCUGUCCUGGGAGGAAAAUCUUGCCUCUGUGGUCACCCCAUUGUGGAAGCUAAGUUAUGAUGAGCAGCUUGAAGUCAAGCAAAAACAGCAAGAGAAGAUACUGGCAGAACUCUCUGGAUAUCUUCAUUCCCAAACUACUUCCGGUGAGAUCACCUUCCCCGUCUUGCCUAUACUGCCAUCUCCAGUUAGGGACGGGUACCGCAACAAGUCAACCUUCUCUGUCAACAAUGGGGUGGAUGGAAAUCCAAAAACUGUUGGAUUUUAUGUAGGCAGAGGCAGGGAUGGAAACCCCGUCUGCGUCAAUGGAGACCACCUAAUCAACAUGCCCGAAAAGCACAAACAGGUCGCCAGAUGUUACCAGGAGUUCAUCCGACGGUCUCCCUUGGAGCCGUGCCUCCUCUUCCACGCGGGGGGUCACUGGAGGGAGGUCACGGUGAGGACCAACGAGGCGGGCCACACCAUGGCUGUCGUCUACUUCCACCCGCAGGCGCUCACGCCGGAGCAAGUCGCGGUCCACAAGGCCGAGUUGGCGGAGUUCUUCACGAGAGGCGAGGGUUCGGUUUGCCGGCUGGACUCGCUUUUCUUCCAAGAGAGUGCCAUGACCCGGUGCACGCACGAGGACUCGCCUUACCAGCUCCUGUACGGUCGGACGCACAUCCACGAAGAGGUGCUGGGCUUUCGCUUCCGCAUCUCGCCAGACGCCUUCUUCCAGGUGAACCAGGCCGCCGCUCAUGUGCUCUACAGCACGGUAAGACACCUGUCUGUCCCCGGUUCUGAGGAGAGAGGAGGGACUCUCCUUGACGUGUGCUGCGGCACAGGCGCCAUGGGCAUCACGGCGUCCCCCAAAGUGGACCGACUGGUCGGCGUGGAGCUCAUAGAGCAGGCCGUGGAAGACGCCAGACACAACGCGGCCAUCAAUAAGCUCGACAAGUGUGAGUUCAUCCCCGGUAAGGCAGAAGUCGUCCUCCCCGGCCUCGUGUCCCGCUUGGGCUCUGUUGACGGGGGGCGUCUCACCGCCGUGGUGAACCCGUCCCGCGGCGGCCUGCAUUACAGAGUGAUCAGGGCCUUGCGAAACCAUUCUGCAAUCCGCCGUCUGGUCUACGUGUCCUGUAAACCAGACGGCGAGGCAAUGAGGAACUUCAGGGAGCUUUGUUGCGCGCCUGACCCAAAGAGGAAACUCACAGGGGAGGCUUUUGCCCCGAGUGUGGCGGUGCCUGUAGACAUGUUUCCACAUACAGAGCACUGUGAGCUGGUGAUUCUUUUUGAGAGGUAGCCAGUAGCAUUUUUUUUUUGUCAUCAAAGGACCAUGCCUUAUAGUGGGAACAGAAACGGACCUUCUCCAAACUGUUUUGGAGAGCAUAUAAAUGUAAAAAAUGUAUUUUUUUGUGAGAUGAAUGGUUCACUUUAGAGCUGCUGUAACCACUUUUGUCCACUUGAUAGCAGCAUUUCACCAGAGUGCUUCCUCAUGUAAGCCAUUCAUUUCAACUCACUAAAUGCCUUGAUGGCAGUGUUUUAAAAAAAUAAUAAUAAUGGGAUUUAUUUGCUUGUCUUGUCCUAGAUGAAGGAGUUCAUAUCAAACUGAAUUUGAUAUUACACAACCACAAGGGUCGUUAACCUGACGCACUUCUUCUUUUGGUUAUGUAAAAGAGUGACAUGCCAGUAGACUAAAGGGCACAGUUGCAGAAUGCUGGUCCUGGCCCCAGUGAGUCGGACGACUAUCGCCAGUCAUGUAUGACAUCAUGGGGUUACUUGUGUUUGUAGCCGCUGGCAAUAUCUGAUAAUUGAGAUAUUUUGUAGAUAAAGUGAAGUUAUCAGCAUUCAAUUUCAUUUUAGACAUAUACAGUCUAGUGAAGCGUGACAGUCAAUACACCACACAAGAUUAAAGAUGCAUUUCUGUCCUGGCUACUCAGUGCAAUAUGGAGUCGACAAUACCAGUGAAAGAACAGCCGCUACCCCAAAAAAUGAGCUGAGUCAA